UAUUGGCGUCAGUUCAGACGCAAAUAAAGUGGAAGGGGGGUGGGGGCGAACGCAGGAUAUAAAAGGUAACGCAAGUUCGGUCGGGAGUCAGUUCGGUGGUGUUAAGUCAACUGUUGGAACUAGUUAAUCGGCUACUUAUACAACCGCAUAAACAGUAAAACACACCGAGACAAUUAUGUCGGCAGCAGGACCCGAAGUGGUAGCUGGAACUGUGGCGGCAGCCACCGCCAGUGGGAUUUCAGCCACUAGUGUCUUCUUCGCCCUUUUAAUCCCUGCCAUUAUUCUCUACUAUGUCUACUUCCGAGUAUCCCGUCGACACAUGCUCGAGCUUGCCGCGAAGAUUCCCGGUCCCGCGGGACUUCCUUUAGUCGGAAGCGCUCUCGAUUUUAUGGGAAGUUCCGACACCAUCUUCCGUAACAUCUACAAGAUGUCAUUCGAGUAUGACCAAGUUAUCAAGCUGUGGAUAGGACCGAAACUUUUGAUAUUCUUGGUCGACCCACGAGACGUUGAAGUGAUCCUUUCGAGCCACGUUUACAUCGACAAAUCCAGCGAGUACAGAUUCUUCAAGCCAUGGCUUGGAAACGGUCUUCUUAUCUCGACUGGACAAAAGUGGCGAGCUCACCGCAAAUUGAUUGCUCCCACCUUCCACUUGAACGUACUGAAGAGUUUCAUCGAUCUCUUCAACGCCAACUCUCGCGCUGUCGUUGAAAAGAUGCGUCGUGAACAGGGCAAGGAGUUCGAUUGUCACGAUUACAUGUCAGAGUGCACCGUUGAAAUUUUACUUGAAACUGCUAUGGGAGUGUCAAAAAGUACCCAGGAUCGCAGCGGGUUCGAAUACGCGAUGGCUGUCAUGAAAAUGUGCGAUAUCCUUCACCUGCGUCAUACCCGCGUGUGGCUCAGACCCGACUGGCUCUUCGGUCUAACAAAAUACGGCAAGGACCAAGUUCAACUGCUCGACAUCAUUCACGGACUCACCAAAAAAGUCAUCAAGCGCAAGAAGGAGGAGUAUAAGGGAGGAAAGCGCAACUUAAUCGACACCACCACCGGUGCAUCCGAAGACCAGCCCAAGAGCACCACCGUCGUCGAGGGUCUUUCCUUCGGACAGUCUUCAGGACUCAAAGACGAUCUCGAUGUCGACGAUAAUGACGUUGGUGAGAAGAAGAGAUUGGCCUUCUUGGACUUGCUGAUCGAAUCUGGUCAGAACGGAGUCGUUCUCACCGAUACUGAAAUCAAGGAACAAGUUGAUACCAUCAUGUUCGAGGGCCAUGACACUACCGCUGCCGGCUCCAGCUUCUUCCUUUCUAUGAUGGGAGUGCACCCGCACAUCCAGGAGAAAGUUAUCGAGGAAAUAGAUGAAAUCUUUGGCGAUAGUGACAGGCCAGCAACAUUCCAAGAUACUCUGGAGAUGAAAUACCUUGAAAGAUGCCUCAUGGAAACCCUCCGCAUGUACCCACCAGUGCCAAUCAUUGCUCGCGAACUCAAGACCGACUUGAAACUCGUUUCCGGUGACUACACUGUACCGGCUGGUGCUACCGUGGUAAUUGGUACCUUCAAAAUGCACCGACAACCCCACAUCUACCCGAACCCGGAUGUCUUCGACCCCGACAACUUCUUGCCUGAGAAAACAGCUAACCGUCACUACUACGCAUUCGUUCCAUUUUCGGCAGGGCCCCGUUCUUGCGUAGGGCGCAAGUACGCCAUGCUUAAGCUGAAGAUUAUUCUCUCAACGAUCUUAAGAAACUUCAGAGUCCGAUCUGACAUCAAAGAGAAAGAUUUCCGGCUGCAGGCGGACAUUAUCCUCAAACGCGCUGAGGGAUUCAAGGUCCGAUUAGAGCCUAGGAAGCCUGGCGUCAAGGCCUGAGCUAGGAAAUUAUGCGAUAAUACUAUAUGUGAGCGAUUGUCUCAGGACCAAAGCUGACCGCUUCAGCUCGCCUGAGCUCCGUGUAGAGUAACGUAUCUUGUACAUGUUGUAUAUUGAUCUGAUUAUUUGUAAAACUUUACGAUACCUCAUGUAUAACAUAACAAUGUUGAUGUGUAACAAGCAAUAAAUCGUACAGGAGGUUUUUCAUUGAAAA